AUGGAUGCUACUGCAGACUCUACUCCACAGAAACUUCCAUUCGACACUGACCUGGCUUUGGCAAAAGCGAUCCGUGGGUUCAAUGGAGGCAUGGGGAUGUCGGCAACGGACAUUAACACGUUACUAGGCGUGUUGCAUGAGGCCGGCUACUUGAAGCCAUCAUACAAGAACAGCGCAGGCUUGGCGAGGUAUGAGAAGGCCUUACUGGCGGAAUCUACGGGCACGGUGGAAUGGAGAGCGGUGGAGGUGGUGUUGAGCAACGGCAUGAAAGUCACAGUGCACGUAAGCUCCAUGGUGGAGGCUUUGAAGGCGAUGUAUUCGGAUAGCGCGAACAAAGACGGCUUUGUGGUGAAACCGGCAGCGGUUUACACGUCCGACAAGAAACAACGGAUAUACGCGGGGCCCGAGACAGGAGAUGGAUGGAUUAAGAUGCAAGAGGAAUGCCCGAGGGGUGGCGUGAUUGCAGCGUGCAUUCUGUACAGCGACGGGACGAACCUGAGCAACGAUGGGCGUGUUACGGGACAUCCGGUGGCCUUGUGGGGAUUCAGAGGUGGACAUUCGCUUGUCGGCAAUCCGUAUCGUUCUUUACUGGUCGAGGUGAUGCACGCUUUGGACCUUGGGGUCUUCCUGCACAUCGUCUCAUGCAUUCGAGCGUAUUACGCACGAGAUCGCGAGUUCCUUCGUACGCUCGACAUCGAGUUGCAGCGGAUUGCCACCGACACCCGCAUCUCGGGUUUCAGGAUUCCAUCGUCGGAGAAGGGGGGUUAUUUUGCGGGUGCUGCGCGGUUUCAGGCGUUUGAGCAUCGUGCGGUGAUGCAGGUGAUCACAGUUGUGCUCGCCAACUGUGGCGUGCCGAACUCGAUCGUUGGUGCGGUGGCGGCAUUCGUGGAUUGUUACAUGCUUGCUUCACGGCGUUGGUAUCACACCACGAAGACGUUGCAAGAACUUGAUGCUGCCAUCAAGAGGUUGAUUCCGCUCUUGAAGGAUGUGUUCGCGGGCCUUCAAAAGUCGGAGUUCGACAUCACCAAGGUGCAUUCGCUGGCACACGUUGUGGAGGACAUCAUUCGAUCGGGCGUGCCGAUGCAUUAUAGCGCCAACAUGUACGAGUACCUUCAUCAACCGCUAGUGAAGCGCGCGUACCGUGCAAGCAACAAGAGGGAUCCAAUACCUCAAAUUGCGAUGGAGAGUGGUCACAACACGCUUGCAGCCACUAGCUUCAGUGUAAGCUGGAAGGAAAGCAUUGCGGAUGGGUGUGAUAAGUGGAAAGCGCAUGCGUUGGCCGCGCCAGGUGACAUGACCAAGCUCAAAGGACUGUUGGAAGGAACAGCGGAAGAAGGCGAGGUACUGAACAGUACGAUACGCGUGAAGAACAGCAUGGCUAUUCCUGGGGACGAGGACUUCACCAAGUACUCCAGUCAGACACACUAUGUGCGAGCCUGCGCGUCUUUCGGCGACAAACCAUGGUUCAGCGACGUGGCAGUGCUUGGUGAAGAGGAGGUUGCAGCUGCAGGGGGUGAGAUCACAAAGCGCAAGGUGAUUUGGUAUGCGAGGCUGCUGCUGCUUUUCACCAUCGACGUGUACACACCACUUACAAAGGCGUUUACCAAGCGUGCGUACGCUUUUGUACGCUAUUUGAGAGCCACUGGUGCGGUGCACGCAUCAAAGUGUCCGGUGUAUGCUUGGGAGGCAGGUGAGAACGAGUACCAACUGCUUGAGCUUGAUAACAUUCUGCGCGUAGCUCAUAUGGUGGGUAACGCCACCGCCCUUCCUCAGUUACCACAUUUGCAAGGCCUUGAUGUCGGCGCGGCGGAAGUCACCGCGGACAACGGACUACCCUCUCCCCACGAUGGUUCGAAUGCCACUGCUCCGGAUGCUUGCAAGAAGGCCUGCGAUGAUCUGCUCAGGGGCCCGGACGUCUCUGCCCGUGUCAUUUACCCCGAGGAAGACCAGUUCAAGGCGGCCGUCGUGGUGCACCUCGCCCUGGAGCCCGAAGACUUCGGGAAAUUUAAUGACUUUUGGAAGAAAGGCGAGUGGGCGAAGAGGACUCCCGAAAUCGGGAGUCACCAGGAAGGCUUCCAGCUAACUGCUGGAAGCCUCAGUUCUACGUGCGAUGUCGUCGCCUCUCCCUCACCUCGCAAUCGCCACUCCCUCCCAUCCCGCUGCCCUCUUCUCCCAUCCCACCGCCGCCACUCCAUCCUGUCCCGCCGCCGCCCCUCCCUUCUCCACGCCGUCGCCGCUCCGUCCCUCCCCGCCGUCGCCUCUCCUUCUCUCCCUGCAGUCGCCUCUCCUUCCCUCCCCACCGUCGCCUCUCCGUCCCUCCCCGCCGUCGCCUCUCCUUCCCUCCCCGCCGUCGCCUCUCCUUCCCUCCCCUCCGUCGCCUCUCCUUCCCUCCCCGCCGUCGCCUCUCCUUCCCUCCCCGCCGUCGCCUCUCCUUCCCUCCCCGCCGUCGCCUCUCCUUCCGUCCCCGCCGUCGCCUCUCCUUCCGUCCCCGCCGUCGCCUCUCCUUCCCUCCCCUCCGUCGCCUCUCCUUCCGUCCCCGCUGUCGCCUCUCCUUCCGUCCCUGCCGUCGCCUCUCCUUCCCUCCCCGCCGUCGCCUCUCCUUCCCUCCCCGCCGUCGCCUCUCCUUCCCUCCCCGCCGUCGCCUCUCCUUCCCUCCCCGCCGUCGCCUCUCCUUCCCUCCCCGCCGUCGCCUCUCCUUCCGUCCCUGCCGUCGCCUCUCCUUCCCUCCCCGCCGUCGCCUCUCCUUCCCUCCCCGCCGUCGCCUCUCCUUCCCUCCCCGCCGUCGCCUCUCCUUCCCUCCCCGCCGUCGCCUCUCCUUCCCUCCCCGCCGUCGCCUCUCCUUCCCUCCCCGCCGUCGCCUCUCCUUCCCUCCCCGCCGUCGCCUCUCCUUCCCUCCCCGCCGUCGCCUCUCCUUCCGUCCCCGCCGUCGCCUCUCCUUCCCUCCCCGCCGUCGCCUCUCCUUCCGUCCCCGCCGUCGCCUCUCCUUCCGUCCCUGCCGUCGCCUCUCCUUCCCUCCCCGCCUUCGCCUCUCCUUCCCUCCCCGCCGUCGCCUCUCCUUCCCUCCCCGCCGUCGCCUCUCCUUCCCUCCCCGCCGUCGCCUCUCCUUCCCUCCCCGCCGUCGCCUCUCCUUCCCUCCCAGCCGUCGCCUCCGGCGAGUGCACGAGCGCAAGCGCAAGUCGGUGCGCGAGCGCGGGUUGGUGCGUGCGCGGGUGCGCGAGCGCGGGUUGGUGCGCCAGCGCGGGUUGUUUUCUGAGGCACCGUGGUUAUCAGGUGCGUUCCCGGUCCUUUCAUCCUCCCUCCCCCCUCUGA